GCAAAAUGUAUGGCCAUAUAUAUUUCCAUCAGAGCUUUCAUAGUUUUGUUAUUUGUUUUAAUUCCAUUCGAUCCUCAAUAGCUAGCGUUCAUCCUCAUUAAAACAUAUUCAUUCGUUAUUGAAACUCUCAUUCAUUAAAAAGCUGAUUAUAGAGAUGGAAGGAGGGAAAGGCACAGUAUGUGUAACUGGUGGUACCGGUUACAUAGGAUCUUGGCUGAUUAUGAGGCUCCUUGAUCAUGGUUAUCAUGUCAAAACCACGGUUAGAUCCAACCCAGGGCAUAAAAAAGACCUUAGCUUCCUCACUAGUUUAUCAGGAGCAUCAGAAAAGCUCAAAAUCAUUGAGGCAGAUCUCGAUGAUCCAGAAAGCUUUGUCAUCGCCGUCGAAGGGUGCGUCGGGGUCUUCCAUGUCGCCACUCCGAUUGAUUUCGAGAACAAAGAAGAAGAGGAAAUCGUGACCAAAAGAUCAAUAGAUGGAGCAAUAGGGAUCUUAAAGGCAUGCGUAGAUUCCAACACAGUGAAGAAAGUUGUGUACACUUCCAGUUCCUCUGCUGUUAUAUUGAAUGGGAAGGAUUUUGAUGAAAUGGAUGAGACUUUUUGGAGUGAUAUUGAUUAUGUCAAAUCUCUCAAGUCAAAUGCAGCUUCCUACAUGGUCUCUAAGACCUUAACUGAAAAGGCGGUCCUUGAAUUUUCGGAAAAACAUGAUUUAUUGGAAGUUGUCACGUUGAUUCCUCCUUUCGUAGUUGGCCCUUUCAUUUGUCCUAAGCCCCCUGGCUCUGUUUUUUCUGUAUUCAAUAUAAUUUUUGGUGAGAAGAAUCAAUCUAGUUCUAUGAGCUGCUUAGAUCUUGUGCACGUGGAUGAUGUCGCUAGAGCCCAUAUUUUCAUAUUUGAACAUCCCGAGGCAAAAGGGAGGUAUAAUUGUUCAUCAAAUCACACAACAGUUGGUAAUACAUUUGAGUUGCUCUCUACCAAAUGCCCAAAACUUCAGAUACCAAAUAAAGGUUCUCUAUUUAACAUGGAAGGCCCGAAACAGCCAUGUCUCUCAUCAAAGAAGCUCCUAGCUUUAGGUUUCGAGUUCAAGUAUGGGGUUGAAGAAAUGUUUGAUGAUGCAAUUAAAUGUUGUAUAGAAAAAGGUUAUUUGUAGUGUGCUUCAUUGACGACGCAAUUAAAUGUCAUUAGAGCUCUUUGUAAAAAUGACUUAUCAAGAAGGAUAACUUUUUAUAAAGAAUGUCUAGGUAGUCGUUCUUUAUAAAAAUUAAAAAUGUCGUUUUGUUAAUUUCACUUUAUUAGAUAUUUACUCAAGCAAAUUUUGUCAUGUCAACGUAAAAAUGAUAAAUA